GGCACUGACAGAUGGUAUUGAUGGGCACUGAUGGGGCUACACUGAUCAUCAGUGCCCUGAUGAUCACUAUAGAAAUUGGUUGGAAGCAGGGGCGGACUGACAACUCAUGGGGCCCCUGCAAUAGGGGAUCAUGGGGCCCCUGUGUCCUUGCCCAAACUCAAAAAAGCCUAUGAAAAAGGUACCAGGGGCAUCUCAUGGGGCCCCCUACUGACCCCGGGCCCUCGGGCAGUGCCCAAGUUUCCAAAUGGUCAGUCUGCCCCUGGUUGGAAGUGCAGAAA